UACGAACCACAAAAAUAAUGUCGAGGAAUGGGAUUAAGUAUCGAUCAAGUUGGACGUUGCACGACGAAAAUAUCGAGAAUGUGGAGCGCGUGAGCCUCACUGCUGAAGCUCAGCGAGAACUGGGUUGCGCGGUUGGUGAGCACGUGUUCCUGGAAUAUCCUUGGGCUUAUGUGUCACGAGAGACUGUUUCGAGACUUGCCAAUACAGCGGGCUCGUCGCUGGAGCUACACCGAGACAAAAUCGAGAUUUAUGGCGGCGAUACUUUUCUCGUAGGCUAUUCGUCCACUCAGUUGAGCGGUUGUGAUUUUGUUAUCUGCUUGACGGAGGAUGCAAGGUCAGUGAUAACGAAGAGAAAUGCCGACAUUAGCAAGGGAAUCCGGAGCGAAGUCAUGCGGAAGAUCAGAAAGACCGGUGGAUCCUGGAAAACUCUAGCGAGUGAGACGGUGUUAGAUGAGACGGUGUCGGCCUCUGUCAGGUGCACAAGAGAAUUGUUUGAAGUAGAAGUGAGCUUUCCGCUUAAGUCUCUGGGCUUAAAUCGGAAGCUUUGCGACAGGCUGUCGGGAGACUCUUCGGAUAGUUAUGUGGAAUUAAUUCCUUACGAGAGAUUCGAAAAUAUCCAGAGGAGAUGCAUUUCCCGAACGAUUCAGACGCACUUGGAGCCGCGAGAAAUUCAAGUGCAAACCUAUCCCGGAUAUCCUAAAAACGCCUGGACGCAAUACAUGUACAACGAUAUUCUACCGUCGGAAGCUGAUGACGACGAAUUGAGAGAAGAGGAAACGGAGAGCGAAGAGAAAAGAGAGACCGAAGAAUCCAAAGAUGCGUCCGAGGUCGACGCAGAAGAGAAACCGAUAGAGAAGAGCUCCUUGGAGCUUUUUUUGGAAGCUCGCGCGCAGGAGAUGAUCGACGCUGUGUGUUACAAUACGGUCGUGAACGUUUAUGUAGAUGAUAUCGAGACGCUUGCACGGCGAGAAUUAGAAGUUAGUCAGCAGCGAAGUGAGAUCACUUUUGUGGAGCGAUACUCUCUCAUUAAUUUACGCUUCACCACAGGUAAAGUUAUCGCGGAUGUUUCCUGGCAUCCGAGUCUUGUUGAUUACGUGGCUGUAUCUUAUGUUGCCAUACCGUCGUGCGAAACAUCCAGUCCAUCCUCGCCGAGUGUUGAGGAUGGCGCAGCUGCAUCGAAAACAGAGUCGACGGUUUUAUUAUGGUCCCUCGCUGAUUCCCUUCGGCCCCAGCUCUUAUUACGCUGUCACCAGGACAUUUACUGUAUUUCUUUUUGUCCGACGAACAGUGACUUCGUAAUCGGCGGUUCCGUAUCCGGCCAAGUAGUUGUUUGGAACAUUCACGGCCGAAUAGCCGAUCGCAAUAUUGACGAAGUGGAGAUAAAUUUUGCGAUUCGAGAUAUCGUGUCGGAAGUAUCUGCAUCUAUGAUAUCUGAUCUGAAUCAUUUGCAUCAACUGCCGAUUCGCAGAAUACAAUGGCUUCCCGAUAACUACAGGAUUGAGCCAUCUGGAAAACUGACGAAAUUGUCGUCUCAUUCGAGUUAUCAGUUUGUGACGAUUUCCGAUGACGGCAUCGUCGCCAUCUGGGAUCUUCUGAAAUAUUCCAUUACUUCUCAGCUGAAGCCGGGCUCCGGCCAGGAUUUUGACGAUAUCUUUCGACCGACAUAUCGCUUGAACUUACGAACUUCCACGGAUUCGUCUUUCACGCCUCUUUGUCUAUGCCUUCCGCCGGACAGCGUUUUUCAAACAGAUGACAAGCGUAAUCAGUUAGAUUCCAUGGACGUAGACGACGCGAAGAGAUUAUGGAUCGGUAUGGCACAGGGACAGUUCGUUUGCUGCACCUGGGAGGGCCAGGAUACGGAAACGACUGACUUAGAGGAGUGCAAGUUCCUUGGCUGCAUUUCCGCGCACGACGGUCCCGUUGUAGCAAUUCUCCGAUCGCCGCAUGUUCCGGACAUUCUUCUGACGAUAGGCGGUCACGUCUUCGCCAUUUGGAAAGAUGAUUUCUUAGACCUUCCCCUGUUUAGGCGAAAAUCUGAUAACAUAUACACCGCGUGUUGCUGGGGCAAUCGACCAGGAACCUUUUUGAUGGGAACUAACCAGGGCGAUUUGGAGAUUUGGGAUAUUAAAAGAAGAGCAAAUGAGCCGAUACGCACACAAACUAUCUUCAGACAGCCAAUAACUGUUUUAUCACCUCAAGAAUCGUGUAAACAUGGCUUUAAGCUAAUCGGUGUCGGCGAUUGCAACAGUAUCUUCCGUAUUUUCAAGGAAUCGACGGAAUUUGAGGAUAAUAUACUUGAGAGAAUGGAUUGGUUCGAGGAAUUUGUAUGGAGAGAGAUAAGAAGAAAGAAGAUGUUUUUCUCGUGGCAGAAAGAUUUUCUCCAAAACGACCCGACAAUCGUUGCUAAAAGGCAAGCAAGAGCAAAAGAAGAACGCAGAUUGAAGCUUGAAACAGCAAGAUUAAAACUUCACAAAGAACACGAAGAACGACUGAGGUUGGAGGCUGAAGAAAAAGAACGGAAAGCACCAAAAUCCAAAGAUACUAUGUGGAAGCUACGCCAGCAAGAAAGAAUGAAGAAGAUUCUCUUAGAAAAAAAGAAAUUCGCGCCACGAGAACUGGAGGAGAAAAGACAGCCGCUAGUUCGCUUGGCUGAAGAGAGGAAUCAAAAAAUGACUAAAGCGAAGAAUCAAGUUUCGCUUUGCGACCAGCAUUUUCAUAAAAUUGUAUCUCGCAAAUUUCCUGAAUUUCAUGAUUUGGCAGAAAAAGACAAGAGCUUGGAACAGAAACAUGAAAUAGUACAGGAUGAAGAGGCAAUAAGUGCAUUAUUGCAAGAAUUUUAUAAAAUUAGGGACGAAGUGCGAAAGACAGUAGCGGAGAAGUCAUAUGUUCCAAAAUUUGAUUGGAACACUUGCAUGAAGGAAGAUAAGGAAAGACUACAAAACACGAAGCAUUCACAGAAGCAAGUUCAAAGCUAAGAAGACUUUCGCGAGAAGUGUCAAAGCGUUCCUCAUUUAUUUUACAAUCGUACAAUUUUACAUCGUAAACAUGUAUAUGUUGAUAAAAUAAUUUUUAACAAGUGUUACAAAAUUUUUUUUUAUAACAAACUGCACAUAAUUACAAUAGACAAAAAUUCUGAUUAACGUUGACUUUUAAAAAAUAUAAAAAUAUAAGAACACUACCUAGGUAGAAAUUUUCCUCGAUCUUCCCUGAAUAUAUAUGGGCCCUAUAUGGGAAAUAUUAGCUUCGAAAAUUCUGACGGGUCCUGGCUUUUCGCUGUAAAUUCUUCAAGAUUUUUUCCAGGUUUUUUAUUAAAAAAUAUCUAUUUGUAUUUUUUCUGGAUCUGGCCGGGUUCGAUCAGGGAAAAACCAGUAUUUUUAUUCUGAACUUUCAGAUUGUUCUAACGGGGUCCCUAGGGGUGAGAUUCCAGGAUAAUUUCUAAGAAAAAUUGUGGAAACAAGCUUGGACCUGAAUACAUUUUAGACAAAGGAUGUCCGUCUAUGCUCGCCGUUUUCCAUUACACAUGAGUUCAAGCUAAAUUUUCCGGACAGAUCCAAGCUAUAUUCGGGGAAAAAUAUUCAGGGCCAGACUUUCUUCUAGACCAAAUUUCUACCUGGGUAUAUAAAAGUAGCAAAGAGAGCACGAAUGAAUGAAUUUAUACGCGAGAAAUCCUGAAAUCUCGAUCUUCGAAAAGAUUACUAAAUUUCGAGAAAUUCGAAUAUCAUUAAUUCAAUGUAUAUGUCAGUCUUUGUAAUUGAAAUAAAAAAUUGUUUUUUGCACUUUGAUUGUCAAUACUUGUUUUCCCUCUUUAAAUUGUCUUGUAAUAAGUACGCAUAUCAAAGGUAUUUGAUGUUUU